AAAAAUUAGAAACAUUUCGCGUAGCUUGCAUCGAAAACAAGAGCAGAAUCGUACAGAAAUGCGUUGGCGGAGAAAAUAAAUCGACGUUUAAGAUGGCGUACAGCUAUAACAUCGAAGAAGUACCGCCCGACGAUGUUCCUUGCGUGGAACAUGAUAUACGGCGUGCUAAAAAGUUUCUUCAAAAACACAGUCCACAGUCAGGUGAUAGCUUGUACGAUCACUUGACGGAAGUAUUAGCGAAGAUACUCGCCGAGAGGCCAAAGAACGCGGUGGAUAUUUUCGAGGAAUUCAGCAGAAAAGUCAAGGAGGAGAGAUUCAAGACUCAGUCCAAUCAUCUACGAGACGUAUACGUUGCACCGGCGCAGUAUGAGGAUGCGAAGGAGAUCAUCAAGCUGUUCAAGAAUGUUCAGAGUAUCUACGAAGACAAGGGAGAUAAACUCGAGACAGAAGAGGAAGAGGAAGAGGGGGAUACGAAGAAUAAAAUACCCAACAUGUUGGAUCUUCUAUUUUAUUUCGAACAGACUGGCGUGGGAUUGCCGCGAGUACAAAUGGUGUUGCUUAAUUUGUCUAUACGAAAACUCAUGGCCGAGUCUCCUAUAGAAAAUGUCAGAUUUUGGGGAAAGAUACUUGGCAGUCCAAAAAAUUAUUACGUGGUAGAAGCAGACUUGCAACCAGAGGAAUUGAACAGAAGGUUAGAGAGAAUGGCGGAGGAGGAGAAACAGAGGCGUGAAGAGGAGCGAACCAGAGCGGAAGAAAUGGCUAUAGUGGAGAGAGAAGUUGCUGAAAACAUGGAAAGAGAAGCGACGGAGGAAACUGAGGGAGUAGCUGAAGCAACGGAAGAAAAAGAACCGGAAGGUUUGAAGCUCGUCUUUCCGCCUCUACCUACUCAUUCGUGGGUACCGCCAACGGAAGUGCCGCCGGAGAGAAUCGGAACUGGUGCGAAUACCAAGGUGUAUUUUGUAUGCAACGAGCCCGGUUUGGACAAGUGGAUCGAACUGCCACCGGUUACACCGCAGCAGAUAGUAAUUGCACGACAGAUUGUUCGCUACUGCACAGGAAAUUUGGAAACGCCGUAUCACACUUUCCCACCAUUCCCUGGCACCGAAAAGAAUUAUCUCCGUGCACAAAUAGCCAGGAUUAGCGCGACCACCCAAGUUUCUCCGAUUGGAUUUUUCACUUUUGGCGCCGGAGACGAGGAGGAAGAGUUGAUGGAGGAAGUGGAGGAAGGUGGAGUAUUAUCGGAGAACGUGCAUUACGAUCCUUUGCCUAUUAAGGAUUUAAUAGACCCUUCCAUGUCGAACUGGUGUCAUCAUGCACCGUAUCUUUUGAAACAAGGCCGCGUCGUAUGGUGGAAUCCGAAGGCAGCACAAGAAGAAGAAAUUGGAGAGGAAGAGGAAGUGGGUGAAGAAGAGGAGGAGGAGACAAGAGCUGGACCCGAGGCAGAGGUUGGUCCACCACUUUUGACACCGCUAUCGGAAGACGCUAUCGUGGAUUCGAUAAUACCGUGGAGAGUCUUGCAAUCUUCUCACGUUCAACUUGACCAGGCAGUUGCGUUAAUUAGAUCAAAUAUUUGGCCUGGCGCAUUCGCGUUCGCCUGUGGAAGGCGUUUCGCUAACGUGUACAUCGGCUGGGGUCACAAAUACAUCACGUACAAUUACAGUCCACCGUCCAUGCCACCUGUGCAAGAUCAGUACAUAAUCGGUCCCGAGAUUAUGGAAAUCCAAGAUCCCACCUUCGAACAAGAAGAAGCUUACAGAAUUUCCCAGAUGCCACCUCCGCCAGUUAUACCGAUGGGAGAGGAAGAGGAAGAAGGAGUUGAGGAAGAAGAGGAAGAAGAAGAAGAGGAAGAUUAAGAAGAUGAGCAAUCUGGAUAACUGCGUUACCAGUAAGGUUUGGAUCUAGAAGGAUCUAGAUUUACUGGUAAAACAGACGAAUUCGACUGUUGGUACCCUUAUAAUUGACUUAUCUUGAGAGAGAGAACAAUGUUUCUUACUAUUCAAAUCAAUCUAUGUAAGAAAAUAAUAUUCUAAUGUUGAAC